UACAAAAUAUCUUUCUUUGAGUAACUCGUCACAUUAUCAACAGACGAUCUUCGGAGCGCCGUUACUUGUUCUCAGCUGACCGUCAGCAACAAACCGGCACCCGCAGCAGCUGACAGACACAGGUUUAGCGUUUUACUGGCCGGCACUGCCAUCUCUUCUCUUCAUGUUUUAACGUCGCUCGUUUUUCCGGGAUGCUAACAUGUUCUGAUUCACCCAGAAAGCGAUGAAUGAAACGAGCACAGCGGGGACCGGACCGGCGGAGGUUCUGUUUACUGCGGGCAGCCGAGCCCAGGUUGUCGGGCUGGUGGGAGGAUGGAGCCGAGGCUGAGCGGUGAUGGCAAGCCGUCCGUGACCGUGUCCUGGUUCCUCGGCCCGGCCCUCAUCUUCUUCCUCCUGGCUGUGUUAGUGAGCAGUCAUGGGACGUGUAAACACCGAGUCCCCUCUCCCAGUGAGGUUGUCCAUCAUGUGUACUUGAGGCCUGAGCGCUUGACUAAAAGAAGCUCUCCUGACAACCUACAGCUGAAGAUUAAAAUCAUCUACGACUACAGUGUUGACCAGCUCCCUGCAGACAAGAGAAGACUGGUAAAGGACAAGCUCUUUCCCCAGGCCAUCGACUACCUGCAGAGGGCCUUCAGUGUGAGGCACAGGGUGGGGCCUGUGUUGCUCAGCAGACAAUGUGCAACCAACCAGUACCUGAGGAAGAGAGAUGACCCUCAUCGCUACUGCCAGGAUGCCUGUGCAGAUGUCACCCGUUGUGGCCCUGUCAUUGUUCCACAGCACCACCUGCAGCAAUGCAAGGUGUGCAGUGAGUCAGGGAAGUCAUGCGGCCCCUUGGGUCCCCCAGAUGGCCCUGGGGUGGAAAGGUCUGACUUCGUGCUCUACGUCAGCGGUAUCACCACUGAGCGCUGUGGACAGGAGAACAUAGUGGCCUACGCUGCUUACUGCCAGCUGGAGGCAGAGCUGGACAGACCUAUAGCAGGCUAUGCCAACCUGUGUCCUGCCAUGAUUUCCUCUCAGCCUCAGGAGUUCGAAGGGAUGCUCUCCACUGUCAAACAUGAGAUCAUCCAUGCUCUGGGGUUUUCAGCAGGUCUGUUUGCCUUCUACCAUGACGAUGAGGGCAAACCUCUGACUCCUCGCUUUGCCAGUGGCCUGCCUGCCUUCAACGAGAGCCUGGGUCUGUACCAGUGGAGUGAGGCGGUGAUCAGGAGUGUCAGCAGGUUGUGGGACAUCAGAGGAGGAGUGAUGGUCCGCCACCAAGUGCAUGUCCUCGUCACCCCUCGUGUCGUGGAGGAGGCAAGGAGACAUUUUAACUGCCCUAUCUUGGAGGGAAUGGAGCUGGAGAACCAGGGAGGGACGGGAACUGAACUCAACCACUGGGAGAAGAGACUGCUGGAGAACGAGGCGAUGACAGGCUCCCACACCCAGAACCGUGUGUUUUCUCGUCUGACGCUGGCAAUCAUGGAAGACAGCGGCUGGUACCGAGCUAACUACAGCCUGGCCCAGAGGCUGGACUGGGGCCGUGGCCUCGGCUGUGACUUUGUCAUGAAGAGCUGCAAGUUCUGGAUGGACAGACAGAGGCAGAGACGGCACGCUGUGACGCCGUACUGCAACACAGUGCGAGCCUCUCCUCUUCAGCUGACAUGCAGACAGGACCAGCUGGCUGUGGCUGUCUGUAACCUGCAGAAAUACCCACAGGAGCUGCCGCUCAAGUACCAGUAUUUUGAGCGGAUCCCGGACGUUCCUGCUGAUCAGCUGUCAUUCUUCGGGGGUGCUGUGGAGAUCGCUGACUACUGUCCCUUCAGCCAGGAGUUCAGCUGGCAUCUAAGUGGAGAGUAUCAGAGAAACUCCUACUGCAGAGUAUCUGAGAAUCAGCCAGACUGGUGGAGGAAUUAUGGGGCAGAGCAUUAUGGACCAGACUCUGUGUGUCUGUAUCAGAAGUCAGCCUUUGUUAUGGAGCAGUGUACCAGGAAGAUGACUUUCCCUGACUGGGGCUCUGGAUGCUACAAGGUGUCUUGCUCAGCUCAGGGCCUGAUGGUGUACGUUCAGGAUCGCUCCUUCCACUGCUUCCGUAAAGGUCAGCUACUGAGUGUGAGCGUGCGAGUCAAUGACUGGGUUUACAACGGUGUCCUGAUCUGCCCCGCCUGCACCGACUUCUGUGAUGACUGUCCUCUACCCCACCAGCUCCUGCCCAUCAACACUUCCAGGAGUAACCCCAUUGCUGCCCACCAUCUCCUAUCAACCCAGAUAAAAAACCAGGAGGGACACAAAAGCAGGACAGGAAGUGGAAUGCCUGGUGGGAAUGCAAAGAAUUAUAGGACUGUUCAUGACAGUUUAGAUAUUAGAAAGUCACAAAUGUAUAUACAACUGGCUGGCUGUAAAACUACAAACUACCUUCAAGGCUGAAAGAAGUCUUCUCUGCAGUUUGGUGACCCCCGGUGGCAGCAGGAGAGGCAGGCAGGGAUGAAAGUGGUGGAAUCAGUGUCCCGGUCUCCUGCUGACAGGUCACAUGAGUUUCAAUUCUGCAUUAACAUAGGCUACAAUUAUACCAAAAAAGCUCUUGUUUUUAAAUAAAUGUAUGUACAUUCAAAGGAUGGUCACAACAUAUAGUAAGCUACAGCUAUGAAUCCAGUAAAAGAGGCCUGCUUGGAAUCCUAUCUUCGUCAAAGUUACACUGUGUUAGAGAGCAUUUGCUUCAGCUUUAUGCUCAUCCUGGAGGCUACAGUUUGUGGUUCAUGGUGUGGUGGUGUUGUAUUGGAUUGCAUUGAUAAAACAUUUGGAACACCUUCCAGUAUAAUUCAGUCCAGUAUGACAUGGCUGCAGGGUUGAAUCAAUUCACUUAGUUAAUGUUACAGGCUUUGCAGAGGUAGGAUUCAUUGCUGGGCUGUAGUGUGAGGAUGUAUUGCAUCAAACAUCUCUAUUGUGUCUAAUCCCUGUAUAUGUCACUUACCUUUAUUGCAGACCAUAAGAAUUGCUAGUUACUGGUGUCAUGUUGACAUGGGGGUGCACAAACUAAACAGCUGAUCUUGGGUGAGGUGUACUGAUUAUGACUGCUUUGAAUGAUCGCGAUCUUUAACUAAAUCUAGCAAGAAGUCAUUGGGUGCUUUCCAUUUGGCCUAACAUGCUUCCUCACCUGCCUCCCUCGCGUCUUAGCCGCUCCCACUGAGGAUGUAAGGAGUGUUAUUCACGAAACGGGACAUCCUUGCUCACUGCAGCACCGUUUUGAGUCUGAUACUUUUCAGGCUCAUUCUGGGUAUUAUUAAUAGCCUAAUAACCAAAACUGUGUGGCUGUAUUGGAGAAAUAUGUAGACAGGCCUUUUAAAUAUUUUCCUGUAUGCCUGAUGAAGAAAAAGUAAUGCUUUCAUGAUUCAUAAUUCUACAACGAAGAAUAAAGGCCACUGAUUUCCAGAAUUAAGUCAUAAUAUUAUGAGAAAUUCGUCAAUAUUUUGAGAAAAAAGUCAUAGUAGAAUAGGUUGCUCUGAUUGUAAAGUGUCAAAUGUCAUAGGUUGAUUGGAUUACAUGAGCAUGUUUUAAUUUUUGCUGACAGCCCACAGGCUCAUGUAGCCUGCAGUUAUUUAAACUUGUGUAAAGGUGUGUUUGGACUGCAAUGUCACUCUCCUCUGAGCUGUGUCGCUGUGUCUGCUCUGGUUCCCUCUGGCUUAGGCACCUUGCUCUGUUUGUCUCCAUAUUGCAAGGAUGCUUACCAUUGGAAAGCAAGGAUAUUGGAGGUGGUGAUGUUAACUUGUAUGGACAAUCAGCUGCACAAAGAUGAGAUUUGUGUUUUAUCAGAAGUGUUUCCAAACAGUUUGUUUGAGGAGAGGUUUCAAAGAUGAAGACUAGUGGUUAGUUUGGAAAAUGUAUGUCUUGUUACUGACUUCCCCUCCUCUGAUAAAAAAUUAGCGCACAGCCAUUUAACUAAACGUUCUCAUUCAGAGACAGUGUCUUUUAGAUGGUUGUGUCACUGUGUCGGUCUGAUACUACCAGAUCGGCAGAACACAGAGCAGGAACAUAAUGCACAGCAUAAAUACGUUAGUGUAGAUUCUGCUGCCUUUCACAUCAUUUGCCUAAAGCUCACUCAGCUGCACUCACUUCCUGAUGCCAUGACUUCACUCUGGGCUCAGCUGGACUCCAGCUGCUACUACUUCAAAACACAUCCACGUAUUCACUCAUACAUUAUGGAACUGGCUUUCUCUCAUAACAAGAUGAGGUUAUUGGUGAAACCUAUAAAUUUAGGUCAUCACUCACUCAGACUGCUCUUAAUUGUUUACUACCACAGAAUAUUAUACUAAAAUUAUACUUUUUUCUGGAAAUGUGACUUUUUGCACUUAAAUUUUCAGCUUUAUUCUUGAAAUAUUACAAUUAACCCCUAACUAUAACUCCUUAAAAUUGCAACUUUAUUCCUGUAAUAUUAUUUUUCUCAAAAAAUAUUAUUAUUAUUUUCCCAACAGUGUCCCUAAUACUCCUUCAUGUACUUCAGAUUGAACACACAUUCAAUAAUUUGUUUUAUCUUAUGAACAUGAAACAUGAUAAACAAUAGAGCCACAGUGGGUAUUGUCAUUUCUUUUCCCAUGGGUAGUUUCCCUAACCUGUUGUAUUGCAGUAACAUUACAGUAAAUCUGCUUCAACAGUGGCCUGGUGCUCCUUUCACUGUCCCAUCUGAUCAGCUGACCAAUCACUAAACAGAUUUAUGUUUACAGGUGUUGCCAUUAAAAAAUGUCCACAUAAAAUUUCCCUGUGGUUCCUCACUCAUUGUCUCCUCCAAGACACAUGAGGGAUUAGAACAUUCCUACUGGCAACGGAAUUCAAUGGAUUUCUGGGUCAUGGGCAGGAGGAUGGAGGAGUGAGGAUGGUAAGAAGCAGAAUUUUCUGAAUGGAAAGCACCCAGACUAAGAACAAGCACAUCUUAUUUCUGGCAACUAUGAAAUCAAACUGUAGUAGUAUCUGGGACAGCUAACAGCAACACCAAGACACAUUUAGGAACUGCUGAAAGUAGAUGAUGUGUCAUGACGGGCACAAGCACAGAUUGGGACACUCAAAUCAUGGCAAAGGUUGCACAGUCUGCACUAGGAUUAAUGUACUGACAAUGUUAUGACAUUAUCAGAACACUUACUGCUCUUUUCUAGAUGGACUGACAGAUUGUUCAGACGAGGAAGAAAAAGCCAUGUACACAUGUGAGGGAACGCCUGCUUGCUGUCAAUCAUUACAAGCUGUUAGGUUUUCCUGCUAUCCACCAAUGAAAACCUGAACAAGCCAUAGUUUGACGAAGAUGAUAAUGUAGCCGUUAUGCCCCCGCCCGCCAAAUUAAGAUUAUUUAUAGCUCUCAUUGACCCAACAGGAAGUCGGUGCUGAGCCCAUACUGGAGCAUCCUCCUUCCUGGGGGAUGUCAUGUUUAGUGUUGUUUUAGAAUUAUUUGCUGUGGUACUGCAGCAGUAUUGAAGAUUUAGAUGUCAGCGUUAAUUUUCACCUGUUUCCCUUUGUGGUAUACAGUCAUGAGGAUAGUUUUUGGUUUUUAGUAAUAGCCAUCUCACAAAACCCUGACAUUUAAGUCACUGAGAGCAUUCAUAAAGUUAGUUACAAGGAGAAUUUUGAAAAUAUGUACGAUAGGUAAUGUUCUUAGUGACUUAUUAGGUGGAAAAUUACGUUAUACGUUAAAAUAUGAGAAAUAGGAUUAAAUCUCGGUCAGGAUUUCUGUCUCGGUCAGUGCUGCCACUCUGUACUCCUUACUGAUUAAAGGCCUGGUCACACCAGCGUAUUACACAGUAAAAUCUUUCAGCAAAUUCAAUUAAGUCCAUUGGAAUUGAACUGUUCAGUAGAUUCGCUCACAGAGAAGUAAAUCUGCACAUAUUUGCACGAUUGACCAGCAGCAGACCAUCACGACAGUGCUGACCUGUGAGGGAACAGAGUGCCAGAGAGUUCAAAAUGGAGGAAGCUGUCAUAGCCUAUUAGCUGUGUGUUAUCAUACAAUUGUAUUUCACAUCCUCUGUUGGAGUAUAGAAAGCUCAAGUGAAACCAGAAUGUCAGAAUCUCAUUUACAUUUGUAACUACACUAAUAAGAAGAAAUCCAGCCUUGAAACAUAACCUUACAGUACAGCCUGUUGUGUGUUUCACUCCACUCACUCCACUUCACUUAAUGGGUUAAACAUCACAGCCCACAAAAAGCAAGCCUGUUAGUGGUUAGUUCAGACAUGUCUGAAAUAACAGCAGGACAGACAGGACUCAACAGUGUAGAGCAGCCACAAACUUAAGAAUGAUGCAGCCCAAUUUGAAAUCUGAAAAUGUCCCGCAGCCCACACAACCCUUUAAUCACAACUCUGAUCAACACACAAAACUAAGAUGAAGUAUUUCCCUACAUAUUUUUUAUUUCAUGAACAGAACAAUGCUAUGAGAAUGUGGGCUUAUGACAAUGCAGUGUAAAUACAUAAUCCAUCCACAUCAAUUGUUUGGAUCCUACUCACUGUUAUAUAAAUACCUUACAGAGGUAGUCUCAUGGAUAAAUCCUCCAUAGCAGCUCUGAAUGCACUUCCACUUCCAGUAACAAAAUUUAGGAGUGCAUGAACAAUUGCAGUGUCUGGGCUCUAUGAGAUAGCCAUACAGACUGGGCUGGGGUGUGUAGUAUGACAGUCCUGUAUGAGGACUACAAGGUUUUGAGACCUCAGCUACUGAGACUUGUAAUCUGUGGCAAGUAACAAGGACAUUAUUUCUUGAAAAGCCAAGUUACAGUCAACUUUUUUAAAAGUUAUUUUUAAAUGCUUUGAGCACCACAGACUAAAUUCCAUGUAUCUACAUUGUACAGAGUUUGUGGCAGAAGUUGCAACAGCAGAUAUCUGAAAACUUGAGCAUAAAACCAAAAGUACAAUGUUUGCUGUCUAGACACCACUUGAGGUCAACAUCCUCCUACAGGAUCAUGGGAUUGGCUAAAUCUUUGUCGUAGUGAUGGACGCUGUAGUUUGGCUGCUUUUCCUAUAUGCAUUACUUGCACUGGAAACCAGUGGGAACUUUACCCACGAGUUUUCAAACUGUCAAACAUAAUGUUGGUGCUGCAGUGAUUUGGAGGAAGGUAUACUGAAGGACAGAACCAGCAGGAAUCCAAUGGUGCUUAAUAUCAAAAAGGCUUAUUUAAACAGAGUGUAAAUAUAUCAUUUAAAUAAUUUUUGGGUGUAUUUACGAUUAAUGUUGUUUGUCUAUACUUUAGGAAAUGUUUAAUUCCCACAAAGACAUGAGCACUAACUUUGUUUUUUCCCUGCAGUUUUUACAGUGCACUGCUUUAUGGAUGAGCUAUGGUUAUGUUUCAUGCUGUCAGAGGUUCAAUUGAACUCUUUUAUGUCUUCUUCAUUACUUCAGUCACCAAAUGAGAAUUUUUUUGUCUGAAACAGCAAUUGUCAUUUUAAUAACUUACCAUACAGAGUGUAAUGGAAAAAUUGUGAGUUUUCUGUGUCUUUUUUGUAAUAACAGGGUGGACAGAUGAUUGAAGUGCUGAUACGUUUCCAGGUAAAAAUGUUUUUCUGCAACUGCACAAAGAGAAACUGUUACAGCAGUUUACAGUGUGAUGGCAGGCAGUUGUUGUUCAUCUCUUUUUUUUUCAUCUCAACAUAACAUAAAAAAACAAAUCACGUUUGUGUGACAAAAUAAUUUGAAAUACAAGAGGACCUUGAGUUGAGAUUAUUUUUCACACACAAUUCAACUUCUUUGCUGGAAUAUCAUGUUCUUCUACAGUCCCAGGUGUUUUGUGGCUGUACUGCAGCUUUUAUCAAAAGGUUUCAUUCCAAAAUGCUCUAUUCUCAUUUUUAUGUUGAAAUUGGUCAUUCUGUACAUCUGAGAGCUUCUGAACAGGAGAAGGCUGUAUGAAUAUCCAGUAUAUGGCUUUAAGAGAAGGAUGUUUAAUGAUUUGGUGACUCUCUCCCUGACUGUUCUUGAGGGGCAGUGUCACCUGAUAACUCCACCAUCAGGUCAAAAUUUCCUUCUGAUCAACACUUUGGCUAUAACAGUGAAAUUGAAAAGCCUUUGGCCAGAUUUCCAUGAGAUUUUCUGAUACUAUUCAUGAUUCCCAGAGGAUUUAUCAAAAUAUUUUUGGUUAUUCUCUCACCUUCCCUGUAGUGGCACCGUCAGACCAACACUUUUAUUUUUUACUUGCAAGAAAUAUCGAAAUAACAGCCAUUUCCUCUGCUCGCACAAUGCCCACUCUCUGUCACAGUGAAGAAGAGUGUGAAUACCAUGUUAUUGGAAUAGUCCCAUAUUCAGUGAUUAAACAAACUUGUAUCAUGUCAUUUGACUGUGUAGCACACCCUGAGUGCACCAGACACACAGAAGUAGUAGCCGUACUGUACCUGUACUUUACUGUGUGGCGUGUAGCCUCUAGAGGCCACUGACAGGACUUCCAACAUUUAUUCUUGAUUUGCAGCUCAGUUGCCAGAACAAAAUGUUGGCAUUGUACAUUUCUGCAAACCACGGAUACGUUGAAUCUCUACAUUACAAUAUGUUUAAUACGUAGCAUAUCAACAUUUCUACAAUACGUAUCACAGGGAAAGACUGAAGACUCCUAAGGGGAGUGAAUACUUUUCAUAGGUGCUGUGAACAACCCAACAGUAGAUAAAAUUAGCUCUACCACGAGCAGCCACUACAAUAAAAUGCUACAUACAUAUUAAUGCAUCAGCAAUAUGUAACAGUAUGACUCUAACAGGGGCCAUUUUCCAGCAUUGAGUACCUGUACUUUUGAUACUUUUGCACAAUACUCACAUACCCUACCAUAUUUUCAGUGCAGGACUGUUCUUUGUACUGGAUUAUUUUUACAAUGCGGUAUUACUACUUUUACUGAAGUAAAAGAUGUUGUGUUUUUACGCAUUGAGAAAAAAGAUUCAGACAAAAUAGAAGUAACAAAUGAUUUCAUACUUUGGUCAUGAGACCAGACGGAGUAAAUGAGUUGAUUUAGCUUUAUUCUUUACCCAGUCACUUAUAAAUUCUCCACAUAUUUGGCUCAUGGUUGCAUCACAUGUGCCAUCUGCUGUCCUUUGGUUUUGGAAUGAAACUCUUUGUACCAGUAGUGUUGCUUAUUAAUUCACUGCAGCUUGAUUGUUAUAUUCUAAGAUGAAACGCUGCUGCUCAGUGUAUGCACUAACCCAAAAGAACUGGCCUUAAUGUUAAAGGACAUUUCUGUUUGGCGGCAUUGAAAUGAAAAGAAUACAGUAAACAACUGAAUGCUGGAGGAGUUUUUGUUUGUUUGUUUGUUUUUUAAUUUAUUUAUUGAAACCCACAAAUGCAGUUUUGCUUCAGGUCUGUCCAUGUUCUUUAAGAUGUUUUUGUUUAAAGUCGUAUGUUUGGCAGUAAUGUGAUUGUGCUGAAGUGUCAACAGGAAGUCAGAAGCUACCUGCCCUCCUGUCUGUUGAGCAUCGAACAAAAUUCCCUGCUGGUUCAUUUGUAUUACACCACUGUUAUCUUUCAUGUACUGUAGAGCUUUGUGUCACUACUGUUAGUCAUGUGCAGCAUACUGAGGCAGGAAACAAGUGGUUUCACCUCACUGCAGUUUUUGAUUUUAAAGGGUAAUUUCAUCUAUAACUGACUACUGUAGGAGAUUCUGUUUUCAUUAGAUUUUUUGUUAUUUACGUGUUUAAUAUGAUGACUGAAGUUGCGCUGAAUUAAGGAAAUCUGAUUGGAGCAUUUUGUUUGAAAUAAAAUCUGAAAAGUCAGCAUUGGUGGAAUUCUGUUCAUGCACACUUGAGAUAUUUCUUUGGACAAAUAUUCAAGGGAUUCCUGUUUCUGUUUUGCAGUGCUGAGGCUGUUUAAGAACACAGCCAAUCCCUUCAAUGAAACACUUUGCAUUGUUGUCUUUAUGUAUGCAUUUUUUUUUUUUUGAAAAAAGGGCUGCUUUUUGAGACAAAAUCAAGACAACUCUGAGACAUUUGUCUAUCAAAAUAAAUUCUGUCUAUAUACCA